AUGUAUCACAUCAUUCCAUCUAUCGGAAAAGAGCCAUUAGCUGUUACCAGCGCCAACCAUGAACAAUGGUCCAUUCUUGAUUCCACUGUUCUUCAGUGGAUUUAUUCCACUAUUUCUACUGACUUGCUGACCACUAUUUUGGAACCCAACUCCACUGUAAUGGAAGCAUGGAAUCGCUUGGAAGAUAUUUUUCAGGACAACCAAAAUGCUCGAGCUAUCAGACUUGAGCAAGAGUUUUCUAACACUCGUAUGGAGGAUUUUCCCAAUGUCUUUGCUUACUGUCAGCAUCUUAAUAUGCUUUCUAAUCAGUUGAGAAAUGUCGGCUCCCCUGUCAAUAAUCAUCGUCUGGUCCUUCAGUUGAUCUCUGGUCUCCCAGAAGCUUACCGCAGUGUUGCUACUUUGAUUUGCCAGAGCAACCCUCUUAUGGCAUUCUAUGAGGCUCGUUCCAUGCUCACUUUGGAAGAAGCCGAUAUGGAUAAGAUGGAAAACACAGGCUAUCAUGCUGAUAUGCGCACUAUUCAGCCGAAACCUACUGAAGAUACCUCUCAGCAUGGCAACCGUCGCCCCGACAACCGUUCUCGCUCCCGUGGCAAUCAGGGUCGCGGAGGGGGACGUGGUAACCGCAGUGCACCUCAGUAUGGAGCUCCCAACGCUCCCUCACCUUGGUAUGCUCCUCCUUAG